UGUCGCAUGAUGUUGUGCUUGUUGGAAUCUGUCUUUACUGCACGCUUCAGAAUAACUGUAUGAGCUUACUUGUCUAUACGCUCUUUACAUACACACAUAUUAGUACUCAACAAAUCUCUUUCUUGGUACAUUUUACACCUCGACAGAGUAAUAGAAACUGGCUUAGCAGAGAUUGGCUAGUGGCAUGGUCUACACAUUGAUGUCAUUGCUGGCAAGGGCCUACGACGGUAACAACAAUACCCUACAAAGACAACUCUUUUUCUCGCCCUGAAGAAGAGAGAGAAUAAAAUAAUACUCACAAAAGAAGAACCUCAUCAUUUAUAGCCACCGAUUGGUUAGAAAUGGGCCAUCACGAAGAUCUUCCAAGUGCAACAGAGCGCGGCCUUAUUUCGCCUCAGUCGGCAGCAUCCGAGGUCGCACAGCAUGCGGCCGAGUUCACCAAACAAUCGGAGAAGCUGUCGCACCAGCGUUUUGAGGACCCCUCGCCGGCAGUUGCUGUGCAAGCUGACUUUGUUACGCCACAGGAUCCCAUUAUAGUCACUUCGGAUGGCAACCGUCUGCCGGGCGUGCCCUUGCAUGAAGCUCACAAGUUAAAUGUGCUGCGCGAAGACUUGACGCAAGGACUAUCAAAAGCAGCAGAGACGAAACAAGGAGCCGUGAAUCAAGAAAAAGGGCCAAGCCAUGGAACAGAAGCUCGAAAAGUUGAUCACCAGCCUGAGGACCAGGAUGGACCAUCUUGGCAGCAAUCGGAGCAAGGAACAUUGAAGCGGGCCAUGCCUCCGUCGCAUACAAACCCAUUGUUUCCACCUCUGCCGCUGUACGGCCCGCCAUCUCUGCUGCGGAAUAUCCAAUGCUGGUUCUUUAGGGCAACGUCGUUUGUUCUGAGCCUGGAAUUCCUCGGCGUGAUUGUGCUCGGCUCGCUGUUUACAUCCAUCCCUACCUACUGUAAAAGGCUAUUUCUGCCGGGCCAAGAGAAAAAGCGGCCGUUCCAUGAGCAGGAGCUCCAAAACGCCGCCAUAAGAAAAGAGAAGGAAACCGAAUGGGACCCAACGGGGGUCCAGAGACGCCUCGAUGUUGAAAACAAGACAAUAGUAGACGAGUAUCCACCGACGGAGGGCGGCAAAGACCCCAUCAUCUGUGACGUCGGCUACUAUGCGCGCAGAGUUGGCCUUGACGUGGAGGACUUCCAAGUCGAGACCGAAGAUGGCUUCAUCAUAGACCUCUGGCACGUCUACGACCCCAAGGAACACACCCCGUUGGAUAAGGCGAGCAGAGAGAAACUCGGCCCAACAGUCUUCGAGGGCCCAGGCCCGGGCCCGGGAGAUCCAAACAAGAAGCGCAAGUUCCCUGUGCUGCUGAUGCACGGCUUGCUGCAGAGCUCGGGGGCAUACUGCUGCAACGACGAUCAGAGCCUGGCGUUUUGGCUCUGCAAGUCGGGAUUCGACGUUUGGCUGGGCAACAACCGCUGCGGCUUCAAGCCAAAGCACGUCUUGCUCGAGUAUGGCGAUCCGCGCAUGUGGUGCUGGAACAUCCGGCAGAUGGGCGUCUUUGACCUGCCGGCGCUCGUGUCGCGAGUGCUGCACGAGACGGGCUUCCACAAGAUUGGCCUCAUCUGCCACUCGCAAGGGACAACGCAGACGCUGGUGGCCCUGGCAAAGGAGCAGCGCCCCGAUCUGGGCGAGAAGCUGACCGUGUUCUGCGCGUUGGCCCCCGCGGCCUACGCCGGCCCGCUCAUCGGCAAGAUGUACUUCAAGUUUAUGCGCAUCAUCUCGCCGGCUAUGUUUAGGCUCAUGUUUGGCAUCCACGCCUUCAUCCCCUUCAUGAUGCAGAUGCACGCGCUGCUGGAUCCGCGGCUGUACGGCUGGCUGGGCUACAAGGUAUUUUCGUUCCUGUUCGACUGGACGGACGAGCGCUGGGACCGCGGGCUGCGGGAUCGCAUGUUCCAGUUCGCGCCGGUGUAUGUCAGCGCCGAGUCGAUGCGGUGGUGGCUGGGGCGCGAGUGCUUUGCGCAUCACAAGUGCAUCUUGGCGACCAAGGAGGUGUUGAAGGCGGAAGAGAGCAUGGACGGCGAUGCUGGGCCGGAUCCGGAUGCAGGGCGCAGUGACGAAAAGGCAAAACCGCCACCAGCUGAAGCUCAUGAGGCCCCGCCAUCUCCAUCAAUCCUCUCGUCGUCAUCGCAGGCCAAGCAGCAGCAGCAGCAGCACCGACGGCGCCACAUCAAGGGCUCUACAGCGUGGUACAACGAGCAGGUGCCUCCGUUCGCGCUGUGGGUUUGCGGCGACGAUGAUCUGGUCGACGGCCAGCGGCUGCUCAGGCGCUUCGACGCUGGGCGCGAGCCGCACGUCAGGGUGGUGCACAGCAAGGUGAUUCCCGAGUAUCAGCACCUGGACGUUAUCUGGGCAAUGGAUGCGGCCGACCAGGUAUUUCGAGAAAUCCGCGAGGUGCUGUGGAAGACGUGCGACGCUCGGGAUAUUUGCAGGAUCCCGGAGGGCUGCGAUACCGUGGCCGAGUGGGUCCCAGCCGAGGCUGUGGAGACGAUGGAGCUGAUGGAGUCGAGCAGCGGCAGCGGCGGCGAAUAGGGAGUCGUCGAUUGCGAUUUUACCUUGGGAAAAUCUGCUGUACCUUGGUAUAAUAUCUUGGAGGGAUUGCCGCGAUUCAUGAGAUGGACUGGGGUUUGGGUUGAUCUGUUCUAUUCUUGACUAGGACUAUUCUUCGUUUUCGUUGUGACACGAAUAGGGGGGGGGGGGAGUUUGGUGUAUAAAAAAGGAGCGAUAGGGUCAGCUUUGUCAGC